AUGGGUUAUGAGGCUGAAUUUAUCAUUUCCAGCGUCAAAACAUCAGAUGCAGGGAUCUACCAGUGUUUAUACUGCUUCAGAGCUGGCUCUGAACCUAUGUGUUCAGAUAAGAGUGAUGAGGCAUACAUCAACAUAACAGAUCCCAGGAUCCUCAAACCGUCCAUCAAGGUGAAACCGAGGCACUUGAAUGCUGUGCACUCAAACGUCACUCUUGAAUGCCAGAGCCGGGGAGAUGAUCUGAAUUUCUUCCUCCGUAAGGCAAAGACCGGAGAAGUAGCACAGGUCAUAGCACCAGCUGCAGCCAAAGCCAACUUUCGUUUCCUUCAGGUGAGGAUGGAGGAUGCUGGAAGCUACAUCUGCCAGUAUCACCACAAAGGCACCCCGUUUGUCUGGUCAGAGCCAAGUGAUCCCGUGGAGCUCAUUCUGAAAGAUCCCAGUUUGGUCCAACCCUCCAUCACAAUGAGACCGAAGGGUCCGCAUAAUGUAGGCAUGAAUGUCACCAUUGAGUGCAAAGGGCCCGAGAUCGGCUUGACUUUCUCCUUGCACAGAUCACAGAACCUCGAAGCACUACAGGUGAUGAAGCCUGAGGGUGACACAGCAGCCUUCUCUCUAAAUGCAGAGAAACUGAAGGAUGCAGGGUAUUAUACUUGCCAGUAUUACCACAGAGGAAAUCGCUUUCUUUCUUCAGAGCCUAGUGAUCCUGUACAAGUUAUUGUGAGUGGCACUUCAUUGCUGGAAGGACAGACAUCACCGGAGAACAUCGCCCGUCUUGCAGUAGCUGGCUUUGUCUUGCUUGCCUUGGGGCUGAUUGUGGCCGAGGCAGUGUGCAGCUGGAGGAGGGGGCAACUUUAAGUCACUCUGGCUGGCCUUGGUCCAUCACCCCAAAUCCUGCCUGCCUUCCAGACAAUGCAAAUGGAGUUUCCAGAAUGAGCUUCUUCUGCCUGAAAGAGCCAGUUCUUCUCUGUUCAUUCAUUCCAGCCCCCACUGUUAUUCCAUGGUAGCAUCAAGGAAUGUUUGGAUGGACAGAAAUGGCCUCCUUCUGUGCAGAUGGGCUACCAAUUCUUGCAGUUCGUCACAUGGAAGGAUCUUGACCAAUCAAAGUUGUCCCAGUUGUUCCUGUUGGCCAAAUUGCCUUCUUCUGAAACCGGAUGUGACCUCUAAUCUCUUCUCGUCCUUCAUCUUGUCGUGCCCUGAAUGUGAGUGUGCCAGACCGGGACUUGCUGGAGCUCCCAUGAGGAACCGAUCCUACACAAAGAUCUUUGGACUAGCUCCCAAAUGUCACCUAUCACCUUGGGUUGUGCUGGUUCUCUCCCAGACACCAUGGUAUCAGAUUGUUAGGGCAUCGAUAUCAAUUUUUUCCCCAGUUUUUUUUAUUAAGCUUUAUAACAUACAACAAA